ACAUUACACGUUAAAGGUCAGCUUGCUUGUAUCUUUUUGCUGUAUUAAAAUUCCAAUUUAAUACAUCAAUCACGUGAAGCAAUUUUGGCUGAAUGUUUUGUUGGUUUAAAGACAUUCCGCACAUUUAACCUUUACUCCUUUUCCAGUUGUUAUUGAUUGAACUCUUCUAUAGCUCCUAUAACACAUUCUAACUGGGUAAACUUCCUACACUGCAUGCAGCUCUCAUUAUUCUGUGUUUUGCUUUGUAACUUUCAAUAGUUUUUUAGUAACUUUUAACUGUAGCUUUUUUAGUUUUCCUGGUUCCAACAACCAGAAAGGAAAUACAUAUAAAACUGGCCACACGUGUUCAGUGUGAAGUAGGACUUCAAGGGGGCAACUUUGCCAGAAGCCAAAUGAAGCUGGAGCUGCUGUUACGGAAAAUGGAAACAUCAAUGGCCACACCAGGCUCGCCUCUGAGUGUGUUUGCCCUGCGUCUGGGCCCAAGACAGGAGUUACUCUCCUCUCUGCAGGCAUUUGUAGAGGAGAAGCAGCUCAAAGCUCCAUUCAUCAUCACAUGCGUGGGCAGCGUGACAAAGGCAACACUACGACUGGCCAAUGCAACGGCAGACAACACCAAUCAGGUGAUUCAGCUGCAGGAAUGCUUUGAGAUUGUAUCUCUGGUAGGCACACUAAACACUGAAGCUCAUCUUCACAUCUGCCUGGCUGAUAAGGAGGGUCGAACCGUUGGCGGUCACGUGCUGGGUGACCUGGAAGUGUUCACUACAGCAGAAGUGAUUCUAGGGGAAGCCACUGAUCUCUACUUUACCAGAGAGAUGGACAGCAGGACCGGCUUUCCUGAGCUGGUCAUUCAAAAGCGUCUUGAGCAGACAUGACCUAUUUUAGUGCACUACUGAGAAUGAUCUGUGGACAGGAUGUUUAGAUGUACGGUAAUUCUAUAUAAUACUUCUUGUAUUAUAAACCGCCAUAAAUCUUCAUUUUACAUAGUGUAUUCUUACAAAUUAAGCAUUAACUGAUGAAUUGUAAUGAAGAGUUGGAUGAAUUAAAGGUUAAGGACUGAGCACUUUUUGUUUUUAAAAGUGUAUUCUGGGGUUCACAAAAGAGAAUAGAUUAAAAUGAUGAUUAGGCCAUCAGGUGAAUGAAUGAUCGGGCACCAUGAGGCAUUAUGUGGUCUAAAGCAGUUAGUGGACAAAAGCAGUUAGUGCACUUCUGAAAAGAGAGAAAGUGCCAGGGUGAAUCAACACAGUAUUACACAGUCUAAUAUUUUAUUACUGCAAUGUAAUAAAGAUGUGAUUGUAUAAUGA